AUGGGUUCCAUUGACCUGAAAGAGGAGAACAAUAAUAAUGUGAUUCUGAAAGAGCAUCAGGAGGGUGUUGCGGUGAAGACGAAGCACAAAGGAUUCAAGGAGAAAACUUUUGUAGUUCGAGAGUCGUUAUUAACAACCGAGUUCCGAAAUGGUAACAUGAAAAUCGUAUACAACUGUUUCACUGCAGUAUUCUUGCUUUUUUUCCUUCGAGCCCUAGUUGAUGACAUCCUCGUGCAAAAAAUGCCAUUACACCAUACCUGGUUGAUCUGGUGGAACUUUGAAAAGUUUUUCUCAACAAUGGCAGUCUGGACCGGUAUGUUUUUGAGCACUAUCGGCGUUUACUUCGCCUACCAACACUGGUCCACAAUCCCUUCAAAAAACACCAAUUUGCCUUCGAAUAUGCCAUUUGUCGCCACAUAUCUUACUUACCUAACUGCAUUUUUCUAUUUUCCACUUAAGUUUCUUUACGAAUCAAAUCUUAAUUGCGCAUGCUCUUUCAUCAUCACAUGUGAGACGACAAGGAUCGCAAUGAAAGUACAUUCUUUUAUUAGAGAGAACUGGUCGAGAGCAAUGAUAAGGAAGAGUGGGGGAACGAUCAAUGCUUGGCCAACUCUUGAGCAAUUCCUUUACUACCAAUUUUGCCCAUCUUUCAUCUACAGAGAUAGCUACCCCAGAACCGAAAAACGAGACAUGAAAGCUGCCGGUCUCUAUUUCUUAGAGUGCCUAGCUAUCAUUGAAUUUGUUAACCUUACCUACACACAAUGGGUUUUCCCUUGGCUUCAUGUCCAGGAUUAUACUUCUCUUAGCCUGUCCACCAUUGCACUGUCUCUAUUUACGGGAAUCAUUCCUGGAAUCAUUUGCCUCAUCACUCUUUUUUAUGGACUUUUACAUUGUUGGCUGAACUGUUUUUCCGAGAUGAUGCAGUUUGCUGAUAGACAGUUUUAUUUGAACUGGUGGAACUCUUCUAACAUGGCCGAGUACUAUAGAAACUGGAACCUAGUAGUCCACGAUUGGCUUUACGCAUACGUUUUUCGUGAUUUGGCUGCAUAUUAUCCGGGACGAAAAGGACAGAAGGCCGCUCAAAUGGCUGUAUUCUUUCUUUCCGCUGUAUUUCACGAAUACUGGUUUGGUGUGGCUUUCAGAUGUUUCUACCCUGUUAUGUUUGUACUUUACUUUAUCUUUGGUGGCAUCUUUUUCGCAGUUUCACGUCUUAUUACAAACCGUUCCGCUUGGAACACAGCGCUCUGGUUCAACCUCUUGAUUGGAACCGGAAUGUUCAUCGCAUUCUACGGACAAGAAUGGUACGCUCGACGUGGACAUUGUGCCCCAUAUUCCAAUGCAGUUGUUGAUUUGUUGUUCCCAAGACAUUGGAAUUGUCAACCGCCAAUCUCAUAA